CUCUCUCUGCCUGCGCGCGGCCGCUGACCUCGCUAUCCUUCUCCACAAAUGGAGCGGCAGAGGCGCAAUAGUAUCGCACUCCAAGCGUUAUGUAUUGCAUUAAUGGCAGCAUCCAUGGGAACGGUGGAAUGUGCCUGGCGGAGCGUCCACCUCCCUGGUGGCGGCCAAGGCAGCGCCACCAAAGGCGGGGCGGUGAGACGCCGGGCCCACACGGCAUCGCUGACGGACUUCGGUGGGGUCGGCGACGGCACCACCUCCAACACGAAGGCGUUCCGGACGGCGGUGGCGCACCUCGCCCAGUUCGCCGGCAAUGGCGGCGGCGGGAUGCUGUUCGUGCCAGCAGGGCGGUGGCUGACGGGCCCCUUCAAUCUCACCAACUCUUUCACCCUCUUCCUCCACCGCGACGCCGUCAUCCUCGCCACGCAGGAUAUGAGUGAAUGGCCAGUCAUCGAUCCCCUACCCUCAUAUGGGAGAGGAAGAGACCAUCCUGGUGGGAGAUACAGCAGCCUUAUUGGAGGAUCACACCUCACUGAUGUUGUUAUCACAGGGGACAAUGGGACAAUUGAUGGGCAGGGGGCUUUCUGGUGGAAGAAAUUCCAUGAAGGCAAACUUAAAUACACGCGUGGGUACCUCAUUGAACUAAUGCACUCUGACCAGAUCUUUAUAUCCACUCUUACACUACUCAACUCUCCUGCAUGGAACAUCCAUCCAGUUUAUAGCAGCGACAUCGUAAUUUCGCAAAUCACUAUACUUGCGCCAGUCCAUUCUCCAAACACAGAUGGGAUCAACCCAGACUCCUGCUCCCACGUUCGAAUAGAGGAUUGCUACAUAGUCUCCGGCGAUGACUGUGUCGCAAUUAAGAGCGGCUGGGAUGAGUAUGGCAUUGCUGUCGGAAUGCCGAGCCAGCACAUAACUAUCCGAAGGCUUACAUGCAUUUCUCCAACCAGUGCCGUCAUUGCUCUGGGGAGUGAGAUGUCUGGUGGAAUUCAGGAUGUGAGAGCUGAGGAUAUCACUGCCAUGGAUUCAGAGUCCGGGGUCAGAAUCAAGACUGCUGUUGGGAGGGGAGCUUAUGUGAAGGAUAUCUUUGUCAGGGGGAUGAAUCUCAACACCAUGAAGUGGGUGUUCCGGAUGGAUGGGAACUACAAGUCCCACCCUGAUAACAAGUAUGAUCCCAAAGCCAUUCCAGUCGUCAAAGAUAUCAGUUACAGUAAUAUAGUUGCCAAGAAUGUUAAGCAGGUGGCGAAGUUGCAUGGGAUUCCAAAUGCACCAUUUACAGGCAUUUGCAUUUCUAAUGUCACAGUCCAGUUAGCAGCAAAGGCAAAGAAGCAGAGAUGGACCUGCAGUGAUGUUGAGGGAGUAUCCAGUGGAGUCACUCCUGCGCCUUGUGCUUCAUUACAGCGUGCUGUAGCUAAGCCAUGCCCGUUUCCUGCUGACAGAUUUACCUAUUGAUGAUGAAUUCAAGAAAGUGCUCAUUAUACAGGAGCUAAUAAUCUAUGAGGUUGGGCUGGCAUAUUGUUUGUAUAGUUUUUAUUUCUCAGGUCAAUCCUCAAGUACAAUGGUCGUUAGCAUCGGAGCUUUUGUGUACGUCUAGUUUCUUGAUGCUUAAGGUUUAAUUUAUGAAUGUUAAAAAAGUUAAUAAGUUGUGAGGAUCCAUGCAAAUUACAUCUUCCAACCAGCCUUUUUUGAGAUUGGUAGGGGCU